AUGCCUACGUUGGAGCCCUUCCACUGCUCCGACAGGGGCUGCAAGUUCAACCUUGUACUCAAAUGCUCAGAGGACUUCACCCUGACACACUUCUACAUCAGUGGGCCUGGGCCGAGAUGUACGGAGCCAAUCAGGAGCGGGCUAGUCUGGGUCUGCAGCGAGUUGCCGCAGGAUUUCGAGGUGACAAGCGCUUACGAUGAUCUGAGACCUGACGAGUUGGAAAGCCACCAGUCCGUGGAUGAGGAGCGAAGGGGCUGGAAUGAUGCAUCGUCAGCUUUUGACCCGCCUUGCGUUCGCUUCCAGACAGACGUGGAGUCCCGAGAGGCAGAGGUGGAGUUGCCCAGGUGGCAAGAAGGCCGCUACGUGAUCGUCCGCUUUCUGGAUACUCACUUUGCAGAAGAGCAGGUCAACGUGGACGUGGGCAUGAUUGCCCUGGUCGGCCACUUUGGCCAUUGCGGCCGACAUCAGGUGCCUGUUGGACCUUGGAUGCGAAGGCGUGUGCAACAGGCCUGGGUCCAUGCGCGGCCGCUACUCCGCACCUUCUCGUCCGGGGGCUGGGUGUGCGACGGUCGAGACUUUACGGGGGGCUGUCGCGGCAGCUUCACUGAUUUUCACCAGACGACGAUGUACACCUCCCGCUUCCACUGCUCCGUCACGGGCUUCGAUCUUUGUGAAGCGUGCGCCCACGACAACUCUUUGGGCAAGGUCACCGACGCUGCUGUCCAGGCAGAUAUCGAAGCUUUGCAAAAUGCUUCUACGUGCAAGCUUGUUGGAACCCGCCUCCGGAAUCUCUGGAAGCGAAACUGGCUUCACGCCGUUCCCAGGUAUUUUCGGCACGGGCUUCUGCAGCGUGUGAUGACUUCCCUGCAGAGCUGCCUCGAUCAUCUCACGCAGUCCGGAAGAGCGCGUGCACUCCUUGAAGAGGAGGUAGCCAGCGGGCGAGGUCGCGGGAGGUUGGUGGGCACAGUGUUGCAUCCCGAUCCUCAGCAAAGUGCUGCACUUCGUGCCUUAUUGCAGCUUGUUUCCGACCUGGUCCACAGCAUCCUUGUGCGCGUGCGGCCAGGGUGUGACAUCCAGGUGAACGACCUGGCAUGGGCACCCGUAGCUGGGCCCGCCUCUGACGGUCAUGGUCCCUCGUGCCGCUGGGAAAGGUGCCGAGUAAUCAGCUUGCCUCCGAACUUUCCGGCUGUGAACCCUUCCUCGGCUUGCCCCAACCUUGACGAGGACGACGAAAUGGACACUGGGGUUGCCAGCGCCUCCUUCUUGGUGUCCUCCCGGGAUUGGAAAGGGAAGCGACAGGUGCAGGCAGAGAACCUGUGGAAGGUUACCAAGCAAUUGAACGAUGAAGAUGUUGUCAUCACCACAGCUGGACUCCUAACAGAAGUUCUGCGCGGCGUGCAGUGCGAUGUGAACGAGGUGCGACGGCUUGUCUGCCACUCUGCAGACCUUUCAGCUGCAAAUGCGGAGGGGCAGACGGCUCUGCUUGGAGCUGCCAAGAGUGGUUGCUCUUACCAGGUCUUCACCUUGCUACUGGAAGCUCGAGCUUGCCCCGACCAAUCCGACCGCAGUGGGCAGACCGCGUUGCAGCUUCUGCAGAAGACGAUCUCGUUGGGAAGCUCUGUGGACGAGGUCGCCAACGCAGAGCAUUGCACCCAGUUGCUGCGACGUCACGGCGCAGAGCAGCGCGCAGCUUCUGAACCAGAUGGGCUUCUCAAGAUGAUGGCUUCCCUUGAGGAGGGCUUGGCCACGGAAGUCCUGGGCCCACUCUUGGCCUUGCGCGGGACCUCCAGUGCCCUGGGAGGCUUCCGACCGCCUCCUCAGGAAGCCAUGGAGACGGCACUGCUGCUCAUCCGCUCGCUCCCGAUGCCGGCAUUGUCGCGGGCCCUCUUCAAGUCCCAGGACUCUAACAAUGGCGUGGACUUCCUGAAUGGUUUUCUGAGCCGAGCCAUCGAGGGUACCUCAGGGGCAACCGCUGCACUCUACGGCCUGCGCAUCGCGAGGGCCCUGAAGGCGAGAGCUCUCGAAGAGCCGCGACUCCUAACCACGCUCUGUCGCCAUGGCGUACACCGCUGGGCAAAGCGCCUUGUCACCACCAGGGAUCCACAACAGGCUGGGUGCUUUGGUCCAGCGCUGCAGGAGAAAGCCGUCCCAAAUGAGGAUCUCCUGCGUGAAGCCACAUCUCUCUGCGAAGAACUGGCAAGCCUUGCAUCGGUUGGGCCAAUGAUGAACCCACGAUCUCUUUCAGGAGUCGUCCGGCUGUUGGACCAAGCUAGCGCCGUUGGCAGCGAUGCCCGGGCCAUGAAGCAGGCCUUUCAGGCUGUUCGAGACUUGCUGUUCGAAGCUGGUUGCGACAAGUGCACGGCCUUUGAACUGGAAUCUUCCAACUUUGCAGGUCGGCUCUUGCGGCUGUUACAAGGUGGCUCAGCACAGCUCCACAAAGACCGCUGGGGGAUCUUUGAAGACAUCUUUCAGCUCCGGGAGCCCAAGGCUUCCAAGGCCAUGCAGUGCCUGCUGGAGGCGCUGCAAUCCAUGAUCCGCACUGCCGAGUGCUUCCCGACCUGGCGGUACAAGCGGGACCGAGGCUUGAAGGCACUCACCGAGCCGGUGCAGUUGCGCCUGGAGCACUGGCAUCGCACCUCCAAGGAGCCUCCACACAGAAGCCGCGAAAGUCGGGACGUGGUGUCAGUCAUGGUGGAGCCCUUGGUUUCGCUGAGCGAGAUCCUCCGCUACUUGCUGCGGGUCACUCCCAUCGUGAGCGAAGAGUACCUCACGUUCUGCCACAGUCUGGUGGGCUGCUCUCUUCGAGAUGCCUCGGGCGAGGUGGUGAAGGUGUUGUCGUUCGAGCUUUUGGUCACCGACUGUCCGGUGCCAAUCCACACAGUGCAAUGUGCUGCGGGAGAGAGACAACGCCUACUCCUGGCACUGCGCGACUACGAGUACGCAGCCUCGGAGGGCCGCCAAGCGCAAGCGGCGCAAUUCAAAGCUGCGCUGUCGGCGCUGCACGCCGUUGGAGGCAGCCACCAGUAUGCCAAGCUCCUCGAUGAGGUGGACGAGCAUUUGCGAACUGGAAAGACCGAAGCCAGCGAGGAGUCCACAGAUCGCAAGGUGCAGAGGAGCAGCCCUGCGCGAGGAAGGCGCCCUUGCCUGUCGGACUCGGAGGAAGAGGAGGCCGGCACAACCAGCAGCAGCAGUUCAGGCGCUGAAGCGCGCCGUCGGGGCAAGAGAGGUGUUGAGGCAUCUGCCAAGGCAAAGAGCCUUGCUGGCCUUGCAGGCGAAGCCUUCAAGCGCGCAGUUCAGGCCGCUCAGGCCUGCGACGACGCCUUCGAUGUGUUGCAUGCAGAGCGCCAACGCGUGGCUCAGGCAAUGCUGUCGCUGAGUGCAGGAGAGGCUGCGGGGAUGUCCAGCGUGGACCCCUCCUUCCGCGUUCAUUCUGUGACGCUGGCGGUUCCCGAGGAGAUCCCCUUGGACGUGUUUUGGCCAAUGGUCCAGGAGGACAUCAUGGGCGCCGUGCAGGAAUUCUACCCUCGAGGUGUGCCACCCCAGGUCCAAGAAGUCUUGCAGACGGGAACUCCCAAAGAUGGGGCGAUCCACGUGGCGCAACGCCUCACGCUCGAGGAGGCCGAGAUGCUUGCAGCACGUCUGGCACACCUGUCCCAGACAGCUGUCGCUGUGGACUUGGGUGCCGUGCAAGAGCUGAAGCGGCUACGGCGGCAGUCCGGCGAAUCUGAGGACUCCCGCGAUGUACGCUGGGCCCAGUUCACUCCGAGACAAGGACGUCAGGCUGCACCGCCCACAGCACCUGCUGUGGCUGCACGAGUGCGCUUGCGCUCAUCACCUGAUGGCUCCGAUUGGAUCUCCGGAGUGGUGGUGGGGCACGGUCCCCCCAACGCGCCGUGGCGAUGCAGCAGCGGCAGACAGUCCUCUGUGGAAGCACUUCUCGACAUAGUGGACGACCAGGGGCUUUUGUGGGAACAGCUCCCGCCAACGCAAGUAAAGCUUCCGGCGGUGCAGAAGAGCAGUGGAGGCACAACUAGCAUUCCUCAUGGAGUGGAGAACCGCCCAUUUCUGGAGACUCGCCGUCUGCCUCCACCUCCACCAGUGGCACGCGAAGCAGCUCCAGCCCAGCGCCGAGAAUCGCGGGAGGAAGUGCCCUUCCUUCAGCCCCUGGAGUUGCCACAGCCCCCGCCACCGCCCCUGCAGCCUUUCAUUCCUGUUGCGAGUGCGCCGGUUGACGAGGUCAUGGUGCAGCAGCCUGAGCACGAGGAGCCGCCCACGCCAGUGCUCGCCGUACAGGAACCAGAAAUGCAAAUCGAGGAGGAGACUCCGAGGCAUAGCAGGCAUCGCAGACGAAGCAGGAGCCGAAGCGGCAGCAGGAGCCGAAGUCGAUCCCGCACGUCGCGCACCCGAAGCCGCAAGGCAUCAGAGAACGUUGCGCACCGCAGGCUGGCUGCAUCUAGGUUCGAGUCCAGUAGUGAGGCUUCGGGGCCGUCGCACGAGGAAGGUCACAGCCGUGGAAGACGGGCGGCAGACUCUGUGGAUUUCGACAAGGUGAUUGGUGCUUCUCCUAUGCUUGAGAUCAGCAGGAUCGCUGCAAGCUUUCGAGCCAAUGAGGAGUCCGAGGCCAACAAGUCUCAGGCUGCCAAUACCCCGCGCAGCCGUGCGGCCAAAGGAGUUUUGGCCGAUGUUCUGCGAGGGGAGCUGCCAUCUUUUGCUCGGGCUGCUGACUCUCAGGACCCAACAACGCUGCUUGGGCAUCCAGUGGCCCUGCGCCUGGGAAGGGAAGACUUGCAAGAGGAUAAAGAGGCAGCCGAAGGAAAGGAGACCUGGAUCCCGCCUCCCAAGUUCCAGGUACGCCUCGGCCUUCUCCGGAAAGAGUCCCGGAAGGAGAUGCCGUUGGCAGAUUUGGCAGCCCCAGCACUACCAGCGGACUGGAGCCUUCUGAAAACCAUGCAGUUCCUGCAUGACCACCAAAGCGCUUCGGUGGAAGGUAAGUUCCAGGAGGAGAAGAAGCCCCACAGCUGCCACGCAGUCCCGCGUCGUGCGGCAGAGAAAGUUCCACUGGAGAAUUGGCACGUCGGCUACUUCCUUGAAACAACGGAUGCGGAGCCGGCGGCGGGUGAUGAUCUGGCGGCCACCUCGUUCGACAUGGACUCCUUCGCUUUGCCGCCGCUUGCAGACGCCGACGCUUCCACCGCCUCGGCGGCCUCUGAGCGUAGCCUGUCCAUGCUUCCGCCGCUGUCGUUGCCAUCAACACCCGUCACAGCCAUCACAGCCAGCCCGGGGCGCAGCCCGGCACCGUCGCUGCCUUUGGCUCCUCAAAGUCCCUGGAUGAGCCCCCGGCAGAGCCCUGCAGGGCCCAGCGCAAAACGACUGCGGCGGGCAAGCUCUCAAACGUUUGUGGAGGGCUCUCCCAGCUUCGUCGCAAGGGACCUGUACCAGUCCCCGAACUUGCAGCCUUGUGAGGAUGGUGGAGCUGCCGUCAAAGGCGCAGCACCCACUGAGAUCCGUCGUCUCUUGAGGCAGUGCAUCGGACAAAGAGCUGGUGCCGAUGAGGAAGUCCUGGAUGCUUUCGAGCUACUCUCUGUCCUUUGGGAACGGGAGCAGGCCACUGACUUGACGUGGGUGAAUUCGAAGCUGGAUUGGAAGUUGAGCCACCAGCUGGAGGACCCGCUGAGUGUUUCAAGCGGAGCCUUGCCUCUGUGGGCAACGACGCUACCACGAGCUUGCCCAUUUCUGUUCAGCCUGCAGACCCGGAAGAUGCUCCUGCGCUACACUGCCCUUGGGCCAUCACUCGCAGUGCACUGGGCGCAAGAGAGCAAGGUUGGGCCAUACCUGCGCCGCCGCAACUCCUUGCCGACAGAACUUGGCGCGGCAACACAAGGCGACCCGCGGAAAGUGGAGGAGCUCUUGCAAGAAGUUUCGAACAUCGAGGACCACGUGGUCAGAUCUGACUUCUGGCUGGGCGCAUUGCAGAGCACCCUUCUGCGCCUACAGCGCAACUCAGGCCGCCCCGACAGCCUUUGUGAUGUGUCAGGCGAGCGAAGCUCGGAAGACCUUGCCGAUGAGCUCUUGCUUCAGCAGGCGGAAGCUGCCAUGGAGCGAAUCGCUCCCUCGGAUCGACUGCUCGAGGUUCAGUUCGACACAGAGACGGGCUUCGGCAGUGCAGUCACGCGCUCGUUCUACGCAGAGGUGGCCAGGGCGCUGCAGAACAGGGCAACGAACCGAAAGGUACCCAUGUGGGUCGAGGAUGAUGCAAACGGCAGUGGCCACAGCAGUGGCAGCGGUGGUGGAUCCAGUCAGCACUUGCGUUGCCGAUCUGGGCUGUGGGUGCGACCACUGCCACCAUCAAGCUCAGCAUCAGGGGAGGCAGAGCGGCGCUUUCGCUUCCUGGGGCGGCUCGUGGGGCGCGCGCUCAAGGACGGCUUCAUCGUCCCAUUGCCCCUCGGGGAGGCCUUUUUUGCGCGGACACUCUUGGGGCAGAAGCCAGCCAAGCUGCACGAGAGCAACAGACGAGAACCUUUGACAGCUUUGCCCAGGCCUGGAGCGGGCUGCGCCGGCGAGCUCUGCGGCGCCUUGGCCGACUUCGUUGCUGUGCUGAAGUCGGGCGAGGAGCUUCACUGCCGUGAGCGGGAGCAGGCGGGCCUGAGCAGGCCUUCGGCUGAAGAGCUGCAAAGCUGGCGCAGAUCUCAGAGUCGCGAGCGCGAUUUCACCGCCAGGUUUCUGAUGGCAGGCGCUACGCCUGAGCCCAUGUCCUUCGAGGAGUACACGUCCCUGGUUGGAGUGAGCUUCUUGGAGACAGGCCUCAGUGGCGCUCCUCUAUGUCCUGGUGGAGCUGACAGGGCUGUCACAGUCGAGAAUGUUGAGGAGUUUGUGGAACUGGCGCACGCGUACUGGUGCGACGAUGGCGUGCGAGCUCAGCUCACGGCUUUCCGAGAGGGCUUGGAUGAGGUCAUCCCCGUCGAGUGCUUCAGCGCAUUCAGCGCCUUGGAGUUGCGGGACAUGAUCUGUGGAGAAGAUUCUGUCGAGUGGGGCGAACAAGAGCUGCUGGAUCAUUUGCGUCCAUCAGGAGGUUUGACUGAACAUUCGCCGGCAUACCAGCACCUUGUGGCUGUCUUGCUGGACAUGGAUCAGGUGAACCGAUCUCGCUUCCUCGAUUUCGUCUCCUCCUGCCCACGAUUUCCACCUGGAGGUAUCGAUUCCUUCCACGUGGACGUGUUCCCUGACUCCACUGCAGGACGUGGCUUCCCACGAUCGCGCGCAUGCGCCAACCAGCUAUAUUUGCCCCUGUACAGAUCCAAGGAAGAAUUAAGGGAGAGACUCCACGAGGCGAUGCAUGGUUCUGCUGGACAUCAUGAACAGGAGCAACGUAUCCUGGCGUCAUGA